CGACGGAGGGCGCGUGCGGGAGGCGGGGCUAAGGCCGCGUCCCGGCCGCUGUCAAGAUGGCGGAGCCCUCUUCGCCCGAGCCUGUCUUCCAGUACCGGCCCGCGCCUUUGUCGUCCUUGCCGCCGCAGCUGGACCCGGCCGAGUACGCCGCCUCGCCGGAGAAGCGCCGCCUCGAUGCCGAACGGCUUGCCCUUCGCGCUCGCCUUAAGCGCGAAUUCCUCAUGCAGCUCAACGACCCCCAGAGGCCCUCAGUGAUCGAGGACCCAGCUAUGACUCGUUGGACUUAUGCCAAAUCGCAUAAUAUCUAUCCGAAUUUCCGUGCCACCCCGAAAACUUCCCUAACUGGUAUUGUUUUUGGAGUAGGCCCCAUUCUCUUCUGGUGGUAUCUCUUUAAAAAGCAAAGGGAUCAUAGAGAGAAGCUCAUUCAGGAAGGUAAAUAUAAGCGACCAUUCAACCUCUGCUUUUGAAAAUCUGCCGACUGUGUACUGAAAAUGCUGCUGACAUUCUCACUGUCUCCCUCUGUAAGCAUUGGUCUUCUUCAAAAAUAAAUCUUAUUAAUUAGAAA